AUGGCUUACAUCGGCGGCUCGGUGGCGUUUGGUCUCAACAAGGACCUGUCCGACAAAGACUACGUCGGAGUGUACGCUGCGAGGCCGCUUGCGCUCCACCUUGAUCUGUACUCGUCGGUGCCCGAGACGCUGACGGCAUCGGUCGACGGCGGCGACGACUAUGUCCUGCACGAGGCUCUCAAGUUCGGCCGCUUGCUUCUCAAGGGCAACCCAGGCAUCAUCGAGGCGCUCUUCUAUGACGGCGACGGCUACCGGAGCGAAGCGUGGGAGGCGCUGCAGCGCCAUCGCGAGGCCUUUCUCUCGCAAAAGGUCGUCCAUCACUACCUCGGCUUUGUCAACUCGCAGAUCAAGCAGUUUAACGCCAACAAGGGCAAGUCGACGAAAAAGCUGUACCACGUCAUCCGCCUCCUCGGCGAGGUCGAGCGUAUCUGCGCCGGCUCUGCCCCGGCCAUUCGCAUCACCGGCCUCGAGCGCGACCGUCUCAUGAGCAUCCGCGCCGGCAACGAAGCCGUGGGGUCUCCCGGCGCGCGCUGA